UCGAUUCCUGUUGCACUCGGGAUAGCGGCACGUGGCGGGACCGGCCCGAACUGCCCCGAACCGGACGGAACCGGCCCGGCACAAGGCGACCCGCGCCCCGGCUGCAGCCGCCCGCAGGAGCCAAAUGUCAUGGCUGAUGAGGAGCUGGGCGCCCAAGCUGCCAGGAAGGGGAGUUUGUCACCCAGCAGCUCGCGGGGCAGCGCGGCCGAGUCCAGCACGCUGCUGCAGGAGCUGAGGAGCUCCAUCUCCAAAUCCGUGCAGAGCAAAGUGGAUUCCAUCCUGCAAGAUGUCCAGAAGUUUUCAGACAGCGACAAGCUCUACCUCUACCUCCAGCUGCCAUCAGGGCCAAGCCUGGGGGAGAAGAGCAGCAGCCUGGACCUGAGCUCGCUGAGCACGGCUGAGUACAUGCACGCGUGCAACUGGAUCCGGAACCACCUGGAGGAGCACACGGAGACCUGCCUGCCCAAGCAGGAUGUCUACGACGCCUACAAGCGAUACUGCGACAACCUCUGCUGCCGCCCGCUCAGCACCGCCAACUUCGGCAAGAUCAUCCGGGAGAUCUUCCCAAACAUCAAAGCCCGGAGGCUGGGAGGCCGAGGACAGUCGAAGUACUGCUACAGCGGGAUCCGGAGGAAGACGGUGGUCAGCCUGCCUCCCCUGCCCAGCCUGGACCUCAAAGUCACCGAGACUCAGUCGGAGCUGACGGAGCUGGCGCAGUCCUACAGCAACGAGGUGAUGGAGGCAGCUUGUGCCCUGACCUGCGACUGGGCGGAAAAGAUCCUCAAACGCUCCUUCAACAACAUCGUGGAGGUGGCCCAGUUCCUCAUCCAGCAGCACCUCAUCAGCUCCCGCUCGGCCCGCGCUGACCUGGUCAUGGCCAUGGUGGUCUCAGAGAGCACGGAGAAGGUUCACCACGAGAGUCGGACUCCACCAGCAGCAAAGAAGAACGGCCUGGACGCUCCUGAGAGCAGCGACAGGAGCCAGGGGCAGAUGAAGAAGGAGACCGGCCCCAAGCCCCCCGGCCCACCCCGGCCCGAGAAGAAGAAGCCCCCAGAGCCCCCCAAGGCAGCCUACAGCCCCCAGGUGAACGACCUGGUGUCCCGCCUGCCCCUGCUCCUGCCCCGCAUCCCGCAGGGGGAGCGCCCGGUGGCGCCGGGGGCCGCGCCCGCCCGCUCCUCCCCCCCCGUCCUGGCGCCCAAGAUCACGGCAGCCCCCCUGGGGGGCACGGUCAAGGUGGCCCUGCCGCUGCCGGUGGGCACGGCCUCCCCCUCCCUGCCCCUGGGGGCCAACCGGGCGGCGGGGCUGCUGAGCCAGCAGGCGGCCGUGCCCCUCAUCAACGUGCUGCUGCCCGGCGUGCGGGUCCCCGCGGCCAAGAGCCCCGGCAACCCCCGCAGCGGCGCGGGGGGCAGCGAGGGUCCCGGCCCCCAGGACUCGCAGCGCCCCAAGGCCCCCAAGCGCCCCCCGGAGCCGCCCGGUGACCCCGGCCCCCCGAAGCGGAGGCGGGGGCGGCCGAGGAAGAGGACGGAGGAGGAGGAGGGGGGCGCGGGGUCCCCGGGGGAUCCGGCCGAGCCGCCCUGCGGGGACAGCGGCUCUGCUGGUGCCGCCGCCCCCCCCGGGGACAGCCCGGCCGGGGGGUCCCAGGUCAGCGUCAUCCGGGACGGCAGGACCAAGAUCAGCGACGGCCACAAGCUGCCAGCGGGGGAGGGGGCGGCGCGGCAGGGCCCGGGGGGGGCCGGGACCCCGCGGGGUGACACUGGGGGCUCCUGCGCCCCUCGGGACUUGGGAGACCCCCCCUCACGGAGCCACGGACACACACGGGCGGGGGUCGGUCCUGCCGCCGCCUCGCAGCACUCGGACGCAGCCCGGGGGGGCUCCCCGGGGCGGGCAGAGCUCUGCACCCACCCCGGCGCUUCGGGGCCCCCCCGCUCCCCACCCAGCGACCCCGAGACCCCCCCCGCGGGCUGCCCCCCCCAUUAA